AUGUCUGGAUCAUCUGACCCACCUAAGUACACCAAAACGCCUCUUCACGUCAUCCAAGAUAGACUUGAGAGAUUGAAGAAAAACUCGGAUCUCUUUGACGUCCAAGUUACCACUCCCCUUCAAUUUCGUGAGCUUCAAAUAGAUAGUGAAGGGAAUAGAGUAGAGGGAGGAUCAGAAGCUUCUGACACUUCAGUUGUUCCAUCACCACACCAAACGCCACCUCCAUCACCUCGUGCACUCUUAGUCGUCCCACCACCACCACCACCAAUGGCUCUCACCAUCAGGCAACUCUCUACAUCUGUCAUUCCACCUGGUGGAGUGCCAACUUGCAUAACCUACCCUGCUGCAGCUGAGGGAUUAACAGCUGAUUUUGAGUUGAAGUCUGGGCUACUUCAUCGUCUUCCUACAUUCCAUGGACUCUCUAUGGAAGAUCCCAACAACCACUUGAUGGAAUUUCAGUUCAUCUGCACUAGCAUGAAGCCUCAAGGAGCUGAUGAGCAUAUUUUGAAGUUGAAGGCCUUCCCAUUUUCGUUGGCUGACAAGGCAAAGCAAUGGCUUUAUGAGUUGCCAAGUGGACGGAUUACAUCUUGGGCUGAUAUGAUGAAGGCGUUUCUUGAGAAGUAUUUCCCUACAUCUCGCAUCAUCAUGCUUAGGAAGAAGAUAAGUGGAAUCCAACAAGGGCAAGAUGAGUCCUACGCAGAUUACUAUGAAAGGUGAAAAUGGAGUCUCAAGGUCCAAAAAU